CCAAACCAUCCCUUUUCACACAACACAGCCCUCCACAUUUUUUCCAUUUGAGUACAUAAAUAACGUGUCUCAUCGAAUAUCAACAUUAAGAUUAAUUACCUUCAUCCACGAAUAAAUAACAGAAACUUUAUUUAUAAAUCUUUCACGAGUGCAAUCUAGCUACUAAUUUUCCAUCACCAUGAGUAAACUUCAUUAGGAUUACCCCACUAAAUAUCAAAACAUAAGAACAUAUAUUUAUAUAUAUCUUUUUAAAUAAAGUUAGAAUUGAAACCCUAGUUACAAAAGUAUAUAGUAGUAGUACAUGAGCAGUCUUUCUCCUUCUUCAUUUAAAUUAAAUAUCUCAUCUUUAUCUCUCCAUCUCUCUCUACAAAACACACUUAGCUCAAAGUCCUUCUCAACCUAAUUCAAUAAGAGUGCGAAAAAAAGGACCCGAAAGCGAAAGUGGAUUCGAGUCGCGGGAAAAGGGCCCUUUCGCCCGAUGGAUCGGAGCCUAAAGAGGAGCAUUUUCCGAUCUACUCGGCAAGAUCUGAACAAGAAAAUUCAGCCAUGGUCACCGCUCUUUCUCAAGUUCUUGGUUAUUCCGGCAGCCAUUACCCGCCGCCCGAUGCUCACGCCCACGAUCAAAUAGCUGCGCCACCCCACACCCAACCCCAGCCCACAAAGGAACAAGCAAGUAGCACAAGGAAGAGGCACUACCGUGGGGUUCGCCAGCGUCCGUGGGGCAAGUGGGCCGCGGAGAUCCGCGACCCGAAGAAGGCGGCCCGCGUCUGGCUCGGGACUUUCGACUCGGCCGAGGCCGCCGCCAUGGCCUACGACGAGGCCGCCCUAGGGUUCAAGGGAAGCAAGGCAAAGCUCAAUUUUCCUGAGCGAGUCCAGCCCAAGUCCGACCAUCUAGGUUACCUCACAACAACCGCCCCUCAAAACCAACGUAAUUUCGUCCCUCGAGAGUACAACUGCAACUACCCCAAUGUACAACACUAUGCAGAGCUCCUACGCUGCAACAACAGCAACAGCAAAAACGAUUAUAAUAAUAAUAAUAAUUAUUAUUAUUAUAAUAAUGCGAGUGGUUUCGGUUAUGGGAGUUAUGUUGAUGUGGUGGGGCCCGGUUUUGGUGGUUCUCAGGGGUCGUCGAGUAGUGAUGUGCCUUCUUCGGUGGCAAUGAUGCCUUUGAAUGAUGGUCGGAAUCUGGAGGGUUUUGUGGGGUUCGAUGAUCAUGGGUCGGGCGGGCCCAGUGGUAGCUCGACCGGGAAUUGGGGAGAGUUUGAUNUAUGCAUAAGUAAUAUUGAGAUCGAACUUAAUUCCCUU